CUUGGCUGGAGGAAAAUGAUAAUGCAGCUAUGUGCAUGUGUGUUUAUUUUGUCCAGCUCGCCCCAGGCUGACAGCUCGGCCAUGCUGAGGGCCAGGGCUGCCGUCCUGCGGCUGCGACCGUGCCGCCGCACGCCCCCGGCACAGAUUCCAGCCGGCCGGAACGCGUGGCGUUCCCUGCACAAGCAACCCCUGCACCCAGAGUGGGCUGCCCUGGCUGAAAAGCAGCUGAAAGGCAAGAACCCCAAGGAUUUAAUCUGGCACACCCCAGAGGGGAUCGACAUCAAGCCGCUGUACUCCAAGAGGGACACCGAGGACUUCCCUGAGGAGCUGCCAGGGAUGAAACCUUUCACUCGGGGGCCUUAUCCCACCAUGUACACCUACAGACCAUGGACAAUCCGACAAUAUGCUGGAUUCAGCACAGUGGAGGAGAGCAACAAGUUCUACAAGGACAACAUAAAAGCUGGCCAGCAGGGAUUGUCUGUUGCUUUUGAUUUAGCCACGCACCGUGGGUAUGACUCAGACAAUCCGCGAGUUCGAGGAGAUGUUGGAAUGGCUGGAGUUGCCAUUGACACAGUGGAAGACACCAAAAUCCUUUUUGAUGGGAUUCCUUUGGAGAAAAUGUCUGUUUCCAUGACGAUGAACGGGGCAGUGAUUCCCGUGUUGGCAACAUUCAUUGUGACUGGAGAAGAGCAGGGAGUGCCCCAGGCCAAGCUGACAGGGACAAUCCAAAAUGACAUCCUGAAGGAGUUCAUGGUCCGCAAUACGUACAUAUUCCCCCCAGAGCCGUCGAUGAGGAUCAUUGCUGACAUCUUCCAGUACACCUCAAAGCAUAUGCCAAAAUUUAAUUCCAUUUCCAUCAGUGGGUACCACAUGCAAGAGGCAGGAGCUGACACCAUUCUGGAAUUAGCUUAUACCAUAGCAGAUGGCUUGGAGUACUGCAGAACUGGGCUUAAAGCUGGCCUCACCAUUGAUGAAUUUGCACCAAGGCUCUCCUUCUUCUGGGGAAUUGGGAUGAACUUCUACAUGGAAAUAGCCAAGCUGAGAGCUGGGAGGCGGCUCUGGGCUCACUUGAUUGAGAAAAUGUUUAAGCCCAAGGAUCCCAAAUCUCUUCUGCUGAGAGCUCAUUGUCAGACUUCGGGCUGGUCACUCACUGAGCAGGAUCCCUUUAACAACAUUAUCCGCACCACGAUCGAGGCCAUGGCUGCGGUGUUUGGGGGAACACAGUCCUUGCACACAAACUCCUUUGAUGAAGCCCUGGGUUUGCCCACAGUGAAAAGUGCUCGCAUUGCCAGGAACACACAGAUCAUAAUCCAAGAGGAAUCAGGAAUUCCCAAAGUGGCAGAUCCCUGGGGGGGAUCUUACCUCAUGGAGUGCCUCACCAACGAUGUCUAUGAAGCUGCCUUAAAGCUUAUUGAGGAGAUAGAAGGAAUGGGUGGAAUGGCCAAAGCCGUUGCUGAGGGGAUUCCCAAACUUCGUAUUGAAGAGUGUGCAGCCCGGAGACAAGCCAGGAUUGACUCUGGGUCUGAAGUAAUUGUUGGAGUAAACAAGCAUCAGCUGGAGAAAGAGGAGGCAGUGGAAGUUCUGGCCAUUGAUAACACUGCAGUCCGUGCCAGGCAGAUUGAGAAGAUCAACAAGGUGAAGGCCACCAGAGAUAAUGCAGCAGCCCAGCAGUGCCUGGAUGCUCUGACAAAAUGUGCUGCCACUGGGGAAGGAAACCUCCUUGGUCUUGCAGUGGAAGCAGCACGUGCCAGGUGCACUGUGGGAGAAAUAACAGAUGCCAUGAAGAAGGUGUUCGGGGAGCACAAAGCCAGUGACCGGAUGGUGAGCGGAGCCUACCGCCAGGAAUUUGGGGAGAGUGAUGAAAUCCUACAUGCCAUCAAUAGAGUUAACAAGUUCAUGGACCGUGAGGGGCGCCGGCCUCGCAUUCUUGUGGCAAAGAUGGGCCAGGACGGCCACGACAGAGGGGCCAAAGUCAUCGCCACGGGAUUUGCAGACAUCGGCUUCGACGUGGACAUCGGGCCCCUCUUCCAGACCCCCCGGGAGGUGGCACAGCAGGCGGUGGAUGCCGACGUGCACUGUGUGGGGGUGAGCACGCUGGCGGCAGGACACAAAACCCUGGUGCCUGAACUCAUCAAGGAGCUCAGCGCCCUCCACCGUCCAGACAUCCUGGUCAUCUGCGGAGGUGUCAUCCCACCUCAGGAUUACGAGUUCCUGUAUGAUGCGGGCGUUGCCAAUGUGUUUGGUCCAGGGACUCGUAUUCCAAAGGCAGCUGUGCAAGUGUUGGAUGAUAUUGAGAAGUGCCUGGAGAAGAGGCAGCAAUCCAUGUAACUCUGGAAUGUCACAUCACAGCGGCCUUACACCAAUUGGGAUCAUCACAAGGGAUGACCAGCCACAAGCUGCUUCUACUGCCCCUAACCUGGUGUUUUGUGCUUUCUAAGAAAGUUGUAAACUCUCUGCUUUGUUCUAUUAGAGGAUUAUUUAUAUAUGUACCCACCAGAAAAUUUUAUCUCUAGAACUGCGACUUCAGGAAAUGAAGGGAAUUCACGUAAGUGCGUUUGGGUUUUUUUUCCAGAUAUACCCAUAAAUAAACUAAUCAUUGCAGCUC